GCUGAAUACCUGGGUUUACUGAUUCGCCACGCGAUAUUUCUCGUAAAUGAUGAUUCCUGGUUAAGAAGGUCUACUAACUCUGCUUGACGCUGCUGUAAAACAUCAAGCAAACCGCUAUGUACUCUAUUGUACUCAUGGUUUACCUUGUCUGCAUUGGUGGUGUAGCAAGUGAAAGAGAUUGUCGCAAGCCACUAGGAAUGAUAAAUGGUGCAAUACGAGACAACCAGAUCAAUGCUGCAUCUGUAUAUAACAAUGACACCUUGUAUGAGCCAUUCUGGGCAAGACUCAAUAACCGUGGAGGGUACAGAGCGGAUCCUAAAGCGAAUCAAGCAUGGAUAAUGGUUCGCUUCAAUAAACAAACUAUAGUUACUGGUAUUGCAACUCAAGGCUAUAACGAUACCGUCAUUAAAGAAUGGGUUGUGAAAUACUAUCUUGGAUACGUCAAUAUUGCGUCUCCUGGAUACUUUUUGGAUCGUAAAGGUGGAAAACACGCAAAGCAAUUCGAUGGAAACACUGACAGCAACACAGUUGUUCGUCACAAUGUACCAAUCCCCGAGACCGUGACAUCUAUCAGCAUCAUGCCAAUCCAGUGGAACACGAACUUUGCGAUACGGUUUGAGCUGUACGGUUGUUUAGCAGAUGGUUACGAGUGUAUCAGUACACCAUGUCAAAACAACGGUACCUGUGUUGAUCUUAUUGCUGGAUAUCGGUGUAACUGUACAGCGGGAUUUACCGGAGUCAACUGUCAAAUCAAUAUCGAUGACUGUGUUGGAGUCACGUGUCAAAAUGGCGGGAACUGUUCAGACCUUAUCGAGGAUUACUCGUGUGACUGCCCUGCUGGGUACAGCGGGCGACAUUGUGAAAUUGAUGUGGACGAUUGCUUAAGCUUACCAUGUCUUCAUGGAGGUACGUGCAGAGACCUCAUUAAUGACUAUAGCUGUACGUGUACCGAAUGGUUUGGCGGGAAAAGCUGUCAGGAAGAGGCCGGAUUCUUUCUUGUCGUUUGGUUACAAAUUCAAACCAAGGUGUUUACGACGGACUAUCUAGAUAAGACAUCUUUACCAUACAAAACUACUGCAGCUCAAGCUCGAAAUGAGAUGACACAAAUGUUGACGUCUGAAGAAGGAUUUUUAUCCACAAAAAUAAGACAAUUCAGUCCUGGUGUCUCUCUCACAGUGGAGGUCCAAAUAAAAUGUCUGAUCAACAGCACGUACCAACUAAUAAAUACAACUAAUGAGAUUAUUCGACACGGGAAAGGAAUAUUCAAGAAUGACUACGUGAUAUUUGAAAAUACAGCAACUACUGGCUGCAAGCCACCAAAUGUUACCCUACCCCUAUCAACAACCAUGGCCACACCCACUGACGUUAGCCGGUAUUUAAACAUCAGUAUUCCAAUGCAUUCUGUUCUAUCAUGCACUACAACGUUUAAUGCGUCAUAUCACGUGACUAUAUACUCUAUAAACAACUCCACUGGUGCAUUUCAGCUGGUGUAUUCCAUAUAUGGCAUACUAUAUAGCAACACGACUUGGGUAAUUCCUGCAAAAGCAUUGCAGUAUGGGAUACAUUACGUCAAAGUGACGUCACAUAUCGCUGGUCACAAAGGUGCUAAUGGUAUCGUCUGGGGAUUGAUUCUCGUUGGAGAGACGAAGCUAAUUUCUAAGAUAACAUCGAGAAAUAUGACCUAUCAAGGUAUAAGGGAAAUCUUCUACUUGAACGGCUCAAAAUGUUAUGAUCCUGACCUCGGACCAGGAAAUUACAAAGACUUAGAGUUUAUUUGGCUAUGUAGAAAAGCUAACGAGAGUUUUAACGGCGAUCCGUUGACUCUGCCAGUAGUUAAUCCAACCGCGUCGCAGAGCAGUGACCAUGGUGGUUGCUAUGGUAACGGAGUAGGGAGACUGGAGCCGAGAAAGGGGCAUCCGUACGUUGUGGGUCUAGAUGUCGAUAACAUGGAAGGGAAUAGACUGUAUGCUAUCGCACUUGUUGUCAAGAAAGGAGAGCGAACUACAUGGGCUACAAAGCAUGUAUUUGUGAAGGAGGAGAUUGAUAUAUCAUUAGUAUGUGUUCAGAAUUGCCGCGCAAGUGUUAUCCCUUCAGAACGGCUGGUUUUAAAGAAACAAUGCGAAGGCCUGCUGUGUGAUGAAAUAACCAACUACAAUUGGACUCUCAAGAUAUUUGACAAACUCUCAACUAAAUGGACCGUCAUCCCCGAUAUGUCAGACUACAUGCUGACGUACAUGAACUCGCCUAACCUCGUGACUAAGGAAAGCACUUUGCCAGGCAACUCGUCAUUCCUUGUCACUUUAACCGCAAAGGCUCCUGGGAAUAUCAUAGACACGACGACUUAUCGAUUUGUCACGAAUGCUCCGCCGAGCGGUGGCCGAUGCGAUGUCAACACGACGGAAGGACUAGCUUGGCUUACGUAUUUUGGCUUUCGUUGCGUUGGCUGGAAAGACCGCAAUUUACCAUUGUCGUACAGAUUUCGAUAUAACACGAGCGAUGGGAUUGAAAUGGUGUUUUUCUCGGGAAGAUAUCGAUUUGCCACAGCGAAACUCCCAGUUGGUGAUGCCAAUGAUGGUUAUAAAUUGAAUAUUAAGAUUGAAAUCACGGAUUCAAUAGGCACUAAAGCACUGGUUUGGAUGAAUGUCAAGGUGCUCGAACCAGAUAUAGAUACUGCACACAUUGAUAAAGCAAUUGGGAGCGAAGGGAAGAUGGAAAAGUACCUCAAAGAUAAUAACAUCGAGCAGGCAGCACAAUACGCUACCUCGGUACUCUCGGUAGUCAAUAAUGCCCAGCCUAAGGACCUGGUACUGAAAAAGAGAAUCGAGAUCAAAGAUUCCAUUGUCAAGUCCUGGUCAUCAAUCGCCGUCAAGAACCUCGAUGAGAUGGGCCAAGUAUCGGCCGUUGUUUCAGCGGCCUCAGAUAAGAAGGACGAGGUAUCCAUGGAUUCGCAGGAGACAUUAGUGAAUGUUUUAGACGACAUGGCGUCUGUACUUGAAGCAGAAGCUGGUAAAAACAAGGACGGCCAAGAGAUAACAAUACAACAUGCUGGUACUGGCUUACUGCAGGGAAUUGGCAACUUGAUGGAGGUGGCAGCGGCUAACGACUAUUCUUGGUCAAGAAGAAGGAAAAGAGACACUGAUGAUAGAUACAAAAACAAGAAAAGCAUAUCGCUGGUGUCAAAGACAGCACAAUUAAUUGAUAAGGUUGCUGACAGCCUGGUUAAAACCAAGGAACUUUACGAAAAGCCAACUUUCUUCAAAACCAAGACCAUGACGAUGGCUUUAGACAGACAGAAACCAGACUUGAUUGGCGACAAAGCUAUCCAAGAUGGCGACACAAAGAUUGUAAUUCCUCCAACAGCAUCUCUGUUAAAAGAAAAUGAAGGUCACAAAGACGACUUUCUGAGUUCGCAGAUGGUUUCAAUGAAGUCAAAUCCAUACACUUGGGACUCUAGUGCCAACUACAUCAAGUCCAAUGUAAUAGACCUCCAGAUUAAAUCAUCUAAAGGCACAAGCCUUGAAAUAAGUAAUCUAUCCAAAGACUUUGAUCUCUUCAUUCCUGUACAAACUCGUACCAAACCAGCUGAUCUGAAAUCGUACUUUGUCAAGCCAAGUAAAAACGGCAGCAUGCAGUACCACGUGAUUAAUAUUCCAGGAAAGGAAUAUUCUGUUUCCAUCCAGCUGCAACCGUUGUCAAGCGUGAACAUUACAAUGUACGUAAGGUAUGGUUCACGCCCAACGACGGAUGAGUACAAUUACACGACCACCGUACCAGACUACACGACUUGUAACUUUACCCUCGCCAAAGGAUACUUUAAUUGCAGUUCGGAUCCAUACGCAGUCACUAUAUCAAGUGCUAUCACAGGUCAUGUAGGAAUUCAUUACAUGGGCGUUGUCUAUCGCAUGAAUAACAUAACCCAGCCACACAACAGAGUCAAGAGAGACUGCAUGUCGACUGGUGGUCGUCAGAARAGGGCUUUGUGUGUCGAAGUAAAAGCUCCACCGCCAACUAAAUCAUCCAAUGACUUAAAGCCCGUGUAUGACCCUGUUAAUGACGUCAAUUAUACUCUAUCUGUAACCAUGGCUACGUGUUUGUAUUGGAAUGUCACCACACAGACAUGGACAUCCAAAGGAUGCAGAGUUGGUUCUAGUUCCAGAGUUGGACUUCUACACUGUUUGUGCAACCAUCUAACGUCGUUUGGUGGCAAUUUCUUCGUGGCGCCGAAUCCAAUCGAUUUUAAUAAAGUAGCGCAGCGCUUUGUAGACUUCGACGCCAAAAACUUCGUGGUUUUCAUUGUCGUAUUUGGGAUAUUUGGUUUGUAUCUUGCAGCUUUGGUCAUUGCGAGACGUGCGGACAGGAAAGAUGAAGUAAAGGCUGUCGAGACACUCCGUGUGUCAUCAAGUGCUGAGCAUCACUAUGAGAUAUCUAUUUAUACUGGUAUGUGGUGGAAUAAUGGUACAACGGCUAACGUAGGGUUAAAAAUAUACGGCCAUGAAGGAGAAAGCGAUGCAAUAUUCCUAAGUGACAGAUACAGUAAGCGGAAACUCUUUGCAAGAGCCAGUGUCAACACCUUCAURGUGUCUUUACCUGAAUACAUAGGUGAAAUCAUAGCGAUUAAGCUAUGGCAUGAUAAUGAAGGUGACAAUCCUUCGUGGUACGUCAAUCAAGUCAUAGUCCAUAAUAUGCAAAAUGAAACGUCAUCGUACGUAAUCUGCAACCGCUGGCUAGCUUUGAACAAAGGCGAUGGAGAAGUCCAAGCGAACUUUGCCGUUUCAACGAAAGAGGAGCUUGGAAGUUUUAGCUACCAGUUUUCUAGUAGAAUUUCCAAGAACCUCGGAGAUGGCCAUCUUUGGCUUUCAGUGGCGACUAGACCUCCGCAUAGUCCUUUUACACGCGUCCAAAGGGUUUCCUGUUGUCUAUCGGUUCUUUAUUGUGCGAUGGUUGCCAGUGCUAUGUUUUAUCAAUUCGGCGCAAAGGCGACAGAAGAGACUUAUAAACUUGGUGCUCUGCGUUUCAGCAUUAGACAACUAAUCAUUGGAUUACAAAGUGCUAUUGUUAUAGUUCCAUUAAAUCUUCUUAUGGUUACGAUAUUUAGAAACACUAAGCCACGUUCAAAACUUCGACCMAAACGUUACACCCCUAAAGAGAAAAACKCUGUUAAACAGCCAGGAUGUYUGCCCUACUGCUUCACGUACGUCGCUUGGUUUUUAUGUGUGUCUUCUGUAGGUGCCGCAGGAACGUUUACAAUAUUGUACAGUCUGUCWUGGGGAGGGGARAUAGCAAACGAAUGGCUUACAUCAGUUCUCAUUGCUUUUGUUCAAGACAUUGGAGUAAUUCAACCYAUCAAAGUUGUUGCCUUAGCWAUUAUGCUGGCACUCAUUAUGACGAAACCUAUAGAAGAAAAGACGCCACAUUCUUUAGAGAAAGCAAACUUAGAUAUCAACCCACAUGYAACUGUUGAACCACCUGAAGGAGAAAGACUCGAAGAAGCUCGUUCCUACAGCAGAAGUUUAAUAGAGACGUUCCGUGCCGUGGGUGAAAUUGUGGCGUAUGUGCUGUUUGUUUUUUGUUUGUUUGUUUUUGUUUAUCAGAAUCGUGGAUACGAUCGUUACCGUCUCACGAGGUCAAUCGAAGAGAUAUUUGUCCCAUCAUUCAACGAGAUUCGUACAAUCAAUGGAUUUUGGAAGUGGGCGAAAGAUGACUUAGUCCCAGGCCUUUACGACACAAACUGGUACUCGGCAGGUGGACCAAAAUUGCCAGAAGGGUACAUAUCAAGUAAAGAGGCGUUCCUGGUUGGUAUGCCAAGGUUAAGGCAGAUACGAUUAAAACCAGUUACUCCUUGUGAAGUUACAAAGGUUUUUGAAUGGAGCAAACUGCGUGUCACCAGUUGUCUAUCGUCCUACGAACCGAAACAUGAGGAAAGAUCAAAGUACAAUCUUCCAGGCUGGAUUCCUGUUAGGAAUGUUACUAUCUAUGGGACUAUAGUAAAUCUACGAAAGGUUUGUCCCAAACCGUGGAGAUAUMARUCAUCAAAAGCUCUCAAAACGUUCUCUGUUCAAGGAGUAGACAUGGAGUAUGAUGGCGGCGGAUAUGUUGCUGACAUUGGYUACAAUUCUUACACCGCACUUAAUGUAAUUGCGAGUUUGGAGUCCAAAAACUGGUUGGAYAGGAAAACAACRAUGUUGGUYGUAGAAUUCACAGUAUUUGAGCCAUCAAGCUCACUAUUUAGCCAUGCAAAGUUUCUAUUAGAAAUGACUCCUCCAACUGGGAAACCUAUYCUUUCUACUAAAGUGGAAACACUAUCACUUUAUGAAAGCCAAAGUGAAUCAUUUCGGUUGUUCUUUGUUGUGGUACAGAUUCUUUUAUUGGUUUUUAUAUUCUUCUACUUGAUGGCUGAAGUAGUCAAGUUAAUGCGUCUCAGAUGUGGGUACUUCAAAUCAUUUUGGAACUGGAUGGACCUUAUCCAAYUGCUYUCUGCCAUCACCGCAACGGUGUUGUUUUUCUUCAAGACAAAUUUUGUGUCUAGUUUUAUCCAAAAUAUUAAAGCCAAUCCAUACGAGACGACAAGUAUUGAUUACGUCUUACUGUGGUGUAACCUGGARYUGUACAUUAUAUCCAUUGUAAUUUUUGUUGUGACGAUAAAGUUUUUGCGGUUGCUGAGAUUUAACCGUCAUAUUUGUCAAAUGACMGCAUCGAUGAAGCAUUCGUUUGGUUGCAUCGCCACGUACACCUUGGUGUUCCUCAUCGAUAUGCUUUCCUUUGGGUUUCUUGGAAUCCUUGUGUUUGGUCCUUUUGUCAGAGAAUACUCCAAUCUUGUGGAAUCAUUGAGGUCGCUGUUUCAAUGCUUCCUUGGAGGCGAAACAGUAUUUGAUGAACUAGCAAUAGUCAAUCGAGUCCUUGGUCCGUUAUUCGUCAUAGUUUAUACGGUCAGCAUGACCUUCAUACUAGUCAAUAUGUUUAUCGCCAUUUUGAACGAUUCCUAUGAAAGUGUGAGGUCACUUUCGGGUGGAAAAUUUCCCGACUAUGAYCUCGGRAUYUUUAUGAAGAGUUAUUACAAAAGACAGUUUCGUCUCGCUCAUGACGCUAUCAAGCGUAAGUUAGGAGCGUUUGGUUACAGGACUAAAAAGUACAAACCCAACAACCGACCUCCAAGUGAAGAGAUUGGCAUUGAAAAACACAGCCAUCUUGUGCGAUAUGCUUUGCUGUCGUCACAAAGAUUACGUCAUGGAUKUGUCAAUCAUGGCUUUUUGCCUGAGUCUGCACUUUUAAUACAAGAAAAUAAURACAAACUUAAUUCGGAGAAAGAGACUGAACCCUUUAAUGAAUCACAGCUCGACUCCGAAGAACGGCUGCURAAAUCCGAAACACAGUCAGUAGAUUCUSAAGAGGUUACUUUAGAAACAGCAACUACUGCUUCAGUGGCCACRACAGGCUCWACACCUGAACUACUCGAUCUGAUAUCUGAUUUACCAGAAUCMCUCGUCGACGAUGACGAUACCAUUGAUAAUGUACGUGAAAAACUGUCCAAUGUCGGCGCUAUUCUUCGACUUUCAAAACGAUCCUAUAGACGAUUUUCUACUUCUGGGGACAAAUUUGUUGUCGAGAGAGAAUUCAAAAUUGGMAAACCUGUGGAACUGACGAUUACACCGAAAGUGACACGUAGACUCAACAUUGACUUUCAAUAGUUCGGCCUCGARGGUCAGAUCAGGCGUCAACAUUCUCGGUCAUUCUUWCUGACAUCACCUUCUUCAUAUUGAAUGAUCCAGUGAAUUUACUGUUAAAACAGGCAGCUCAUGCGAAGGCAAUACAWACGAAUUACUUGCUAGUUGGGGAGCAACACGAAUAGUGUUCACUGCAGAACUUGAUUKGAAAAUUUUGAAGAACUGUUUUCUAAACCUCCGAUUGACUGCGUUGUAUAUAAACGGAUUUAUAGCGCUGCUCAAACAACCUAAAUAUACCAUAAGCAUAUCCAGAGAGCGRGGAAGAUUGAUGUAUACAUCUACGUGGAUCAAAGUACACCCUGUGAGCCAACAAAGACCGAAACCAGUUACUAUUGCUACUAAAGACUUGGUGAUGUUGACUUCCUCGAUGCUCAAAGCACUAGAACCAGCAUUAAGAGAAGCUGAAUGUACUUGCACUCGUUUUUGAACUUUCCAAUAACAAAACCCUGUCAGGAGUARAGGUACAAAWCCUACAAAAACGUGUGUAAUGGCACCUGUUACUCGUUCGUUUGUGUAGUUGGUAAAKGCAGGGUAAUACAUGUAGCGUCCAGGAUAAAAAUAAAACACCACAGAGCUGUCUGAAGUGCAAAUCACAACACCUGCAAACGAUGUGACCCAAGUUGCCAAAAUCAUCAGUAACACAGGCUUAGGUUUAAACACCUUCUGAUAGAUUUGUGGCUUCACGACGCAAAAGAAUCGAUUGAGUGCGAUCAUKACUGUUGUCAGUAUGGAGCCAUAUACCAAAGUCAUACUGAAGCUUCCAAAAUACUGCCCUCCCUUGAAGCCGAUAACAUCGCGGCCACAAGCCGAUGCGGCCAUCAGAAAAGGCAUGAAUAUCGUAGACGCCAUAACAUCGGAAAUAGCAAGCGUUAUAAGAUAGUAGCUUGCGACUUUUUUACGAAGCUCUGGUGAUUKGUAAAAUACAUACAAAACGCUUGAAUUUCCUAGAAGUGCUACGAGAGCAAUGAUGAAAAGUAAACUAGUUUCGCCAAUGACUUGMGSAAACGAUCGAUUUGCCAACUCCUUCGCUAUUCUCUGGUUAUGUUCAAAGUUGUACAUGGUUUCAGGAUCGUAGGCUCGCUUAUG